CGCGACCAGUAUCGAAUCGAUCUUCCCGGUCGAGCCAGCGUACCACACGAGCAUUUACUAUCUUCGCGCAAACUGCGUCGUCGCGCCGCGACUGUCCUUCCACAAGCGUUACCCCGAGAGAGAACCUGAAUCUCCGUAAACUAUGUCCGAGGCGCACGUUGACGAGUACGAGCACUUCAACUACGACUACGACAAGCACAUAUUUACCGCCCACGGUGGCAAGCAGAGGAGCAAACGCGAGGCGGUCGCGCAUACGAAUCACUUCGAUCCGAGCGGCCAUUCCCGAAAGAUUCUCACCAAGCUGAUGAACACCGAGCACAACAAACGGCAGACGAGCGGGACGAGCCAGACCACGACGAGCAAUAAGAGCAAGGCGUAGAGAUUACGUUCCUAACCUCGCGGCCCGGCGUCGUCAAGUUGGAUCUCAUCUCACUGGACUUACCUCCUAUCUAAGACGACCGGAAUAAAAAAAUAUACUUUUUUUUUUUACUAUCAAGCAUGCAUUUAGUCGUAGGUUCUCACCCAAUGUAAGAUCGGCACGAUAGCUCGUGCCCCAUCGUUAUCAUUUAUGUCAGAAGCACGCGAAUAAUCACGUUAUUUAUAAGAGUAUAUAAAAAUAACGUACGUAUAUGUCGCACUUCGGCUACCGCUUACCUCGCGUGAAUCUGGAGUUCGCAUGACAUUCUUUUUCUUUUUUUUUUUCCUCUACGUAGGUCGUAGCAUAAUGUGGUGAUACUAUAUUAAUUUUUGCGUGUGCUAUUAUUGAAUUCGUUGAUAAGCUAUAUGAUCGAUUGAACCGCUUCUGUACGUUCAUGAAAAAUAAAAUUUAUGAUCUAAUAAAAUGAUAGGUGAGUCAUUGAAGCCUUUUUUCAUGCGUGCGUUUUUACGAUGAAUCAUUGUUAAAAGGAACUGCGAUAAACUUCGCUACUGGUUUGUUAUCAUAAUUAGAGCGGAUAUAUGCAAUAUUGUGAUAUGCGCGGCAUACUACAAAGAAGAAAAUAUCCUUGUGUAAAGAAAGCUAGACUGAUUCAAAUUAACUCGAGAAUACACGAUGUUGAUGUUCAGUCAAAACGGAUUAUUCGCACAUUAUUGUGAUCGAUGACUAUAUAUAUUAUUGAUUUAGAAUUGCGUGAUAUGUUUCUCCGCGCGAAAGAAUAAUACAAUGUUGUAUUAACAUAAACAUGAUGUGAUUAUAUUGAAAGAACUGCGCAAGUAAAGAUUUCUAAUUAAUUGAAAAUAUACUUUCUCUUAUAAAUGCA